AUGACUACGGAAGUAUUUUGGCGCGUGAAGCAUUCAGUCUCGCCGGUGCUCACCAGACAGCCCCUCAAAGGCCUCUACCUACUCGUCGUCGUCGCUGGUGCACUCAUCCGGCUUCCAUACUGGCUCAUCGUGUCCGCGAUCCCUGCCACUCGCCACCGCAAAAGAUGGUCCUUUGCGCGCGCGAUGCAGAUGCACAUACUCCAGUACACUUUCAUACCACUCUUCGCAACACUCGCCUUGCCGACCGUGUUUAUCGACCCUAAGACCGUGGAUCCCGCUAAGGGCACUAUCUGGAUUGACCCGACACCGGAGUUUGUCGCGGGUGAGAUAAAGGAGGCGGCGGAUGUGAAUGGGGUCGAGCCCGCUCGAGUGAUAGGCUAUAUGCAGUUCAAGAAGGGCAAGGAAUGCAGGGCGGACGAGAAGGCCAGGCCGGGAGAAAAGAUUAUAUACCACUUGCACGGUGGAGGUUACAUUUGGGACGGAGUGAAAGGCGGGUCAGGAUGGCUCUGCAGCAAAUGGCUCGAAGAAUCACCUUCGAUGUCGCGGACAUUCCAGGUUGAGUUCCGACUAUCUUCGUCUCAUCCGAGGCCGCGCAAGAACGGCUUCCCGGCCGCGCUCAUUGACGCGCUCGCGGGGUACAACUUCCUCGUGAACGUCCUUGGUUUCGAGCCGCACAACGUGAUCCUCAGCGGCGACUCCGGCGGUGCACACAUGGGCAUCGGCCUCGUGCGGUACCUCAUUCAACAGCAGUUUCCCACGCUCCCGCUGCCGGGCAGCCUCUUACUGAUCUCGCCCGUCGCAGACUUUGGCGGCACGCACAUCGGCAUGGAGCACUGGCGCGCGAACGCAUCCUCCGACUUCACGCAGAGCUUCUACUACGGCUACCCGACGUCCAGCCUGCUCGGCUCUCUCCCCGUCGAAAUGGCCGAGCUCAGCCCGUGGAUCUCGCCUGGCUCUCUCAAGCUUCCCGAGCCGCACGGCCUCUUCAAGGGCUUCCCACGGACGUACAUGGUCACUGGUGGUGCCGAGUGCGCGCUCGACCAACAGCACACGCUGCGAGACCGCAUGCGCACUGACAUGGGCGAGAGCAGCUUUCAGUACCUCGAAGUCCCCGACGCGCUGCACGUAUUCCCGACGAUGAGUUUCCAUACGCCUGAGAACGCAGAGACGAUACGGGCGCUAACAAGGUGGGCAGAGGAGGUAGACGAGCAGUGA